AUGAACCCUGUCAACACGAAGCCCUACAAACUCCCAGACGAUGCGACCUGGUUAAUAACCGGCUGCUCCUCUGGGAUCGGUCGUGCGCUCGCCACUCUCAUUGCUAGCAAACCUGGACACCGACUUAUUGCGACUGCUCGCAACCCAGCUGACCUGUCCUACCUACCGGAUGACAACUCCGGCAACAUCCUCAAGCUCCCGUUGGACGUCACCUCCCGAGACUCAGUCGACGCCGCCUUUGCAUCUGCUGCUGAGCAUUUUGGUGCCGGUUUCCACCUCGAUGUUGUCGUUAACAAUGCGGGCUACUCCUUGUCUGGUGAUACGGAGGCAGCAACCGAGGAGGAGGCGCACUUAGAAAUGGAGACGCUAUUUUUCGGGACGGCUCGCAUCACCACGCGUGCCCUGGAGGCCAUGCGCCCGUCCCCUUCCAGCGGCCGUGGUGGGGUCAUCUUCAACAUCUCGUCGCUGGCUGGUCUAUGUGGCUUCCCAGGACACGCCUACUACCAUGCCGCCAAGUAUGCCGUUGAGGGCUUUUCUGAGAGUGUUGCACGAGAGGUGCACCCCGAUUGGAACAGUGACGCUUCCCUCGAUAAUACUCUCCACGUCAACAACCCCGCUGCGCUUCUCAAUGCGCAGGAACGUCGAUGUGUUUGCCUCAACGUAUGCAUCGUUGAACCGAGCGGCGUCAAGACCAACUUCGAGGGCCACAGCAAAGCCCGCAUAAGGCCACACCCUGCCUACGCGGCGCCAGACAUGCCGGCGCGCCGACUCGAAACGUACGUGAACAUGGGCAUCCAGUCGGGCGUGGGUAUGAUGCGGCCGGCGGCGGUGGCUGAGGCGCUGUACCUGGCCGCUAGCCGCGGGGAGCGCGUCCCGUUGAGACUGCCGUUGGGUGCGACGGCAUGGAAGAUGGGCACGGCCAAGUUCGAGAGUCUGUUGCGCGACUUUGAGGCGGUCAAAGAUGUGAGCGGUAUGGGUGAACAGUUGUAG